CUCUAUCAUGCCUUACAGUCAAGAUGUCGUGGCCGUGCUCUUCUCCGUCUCAUUCUUUGCGGUCGCCGACAACGUUUGAAGUGUGUGCUCCGUUUGCCCAUGGCGUCACCUGCAAAUCUUCCUCCACCUCUUUCAGCGUAGUGUUCUUCUUCUUCCAUCACAAGCAGAGCUUCCUUCUCCUCUUCCUACAAAGUUCAUUUGUCCUCUACUCCUCCUAGCCUCCGUAAGUUCGCCUAAAAUCCCUUGUCUUCGGUCAAAUUCAUCGCCCGCUGCAUUUCUUGUUUUCCAUCCUUUGCGUAUCAUGGACAACCAAUCCCCUUCUCAUUCUAUCCAACCAUGCAGGUUCUCUAAUUUUCAGGGACAUUUACUGACUCAUUGAAGGGAGUAUCGUUAGAUGACGAGAUGAUUAAUUAUAAACACCUGGGUUCAUCUUCAAAAUAGAAACAUCUGCCCUUGCCUGCUCGGAACUGAUCAUCGUGCAAUCUGCUCGCGUUGGAAAAUUCCGAGACCAUGAGGCCGGCGUGGACAAAGGAGAGAAUCAGCUAAGGUGAUCAGUGAUCACCGUUGAUGACCACCGGAGAAGUGCAUUCAUUUCUCAAUGGUGACUGAAGCCUACGAGAACGAGGAACCAGAGGUGGAGAUCUACCCGGACGAAUCGGUGGCACUGCCGUCUGCCGUUCUCAUCUGUAAUGACAGGGUCGUCGAAGGGCAUGAUUCUGAUCCACAAGAGCUUAACGACAAGUAUGGCGCAACAAGUCGACGGCGAGAAUCUGAACCUGUACAUGAAAACAGAGGAAGCGUUGCUGUGCGCGGUUCCUCAAUCAUAGAUACCAGAGGGAGAUCGGUGAUCCUGUUCUUCAGAAGCAGGAGAUUCAAUUCUCAGAGCUCAAAUGGAAUUCAAGCGCUUCUUGCUGGAAUCGAUUCGUCUAUCUUCCGUUUUGACUUCCUCUUCUUCACGUUCCAGGAAAAAGAGGCCUCCACUUUCUCUCCCGCUUCUCGGCAAUUCUUCCCCCUCGUUCUUUUUGGGUGUGUAAUUAAUUGCAUCUAUUUUAGUUCCAGCAUUCACUUUUGUGCUUGCGGUCAUCUUCAGGUAAUUCUGAAUUUUUUUCUCGCCAUUUAGAGAUUUUGCAGAAACGGAUAGGUUUGAUGAAAUCUAUGUCGUCACAAGCCGCA